AUGGAACAAAUCAGUAAAACCUUCGAUGGCAAUGCCUUGGUAUCUACUGGGACACUGGCUAUUAUCGCCGUGACCUGUGCUGUCUAUCUAUUCUAUACUAGCUAUGUCAUCCCUUUGAAAUUAUUCUCCAAGUCGGGUAUUAAAGGACCUCCACCCACAUUAAUUGUGGGCAAUCUAUCUGAAUUUAGAAAGGGCUUACAUGAUAGCCUGGUGAAUAACCGACGAAAGUAUGGAAAAGUAUUUGGUACUUUCUUAGGGACACAACCGACGUUAUGGGUAGGAGAUGUCGAUAUUCUCAAAAUCAUUAUGGUCAAAGAAUUCCAUCAAUUCCCUGAUCGAGUGGCAUUAACAAAGACUUUACCUUAUCCUAUCAAACACAGCGUUCUAUUUGCUAGAGGUGAGGAUUGGAAACGAAUCAGGAGCAUCUUAACAGCAACAUUUAGCGCAUCGAAAUUGAAACAAAUUUUUUAUAUAGUCGAGAGUGCGUGUAACAGAUGCGUAGAGAAGUUAGAAGCUCUUAGUGAAAAUGAAGAAAUCGCUGACAUGAAAGUUAUUUACGGUAACUUAACUAUGGAAGUAAUCGUAGCAUCAGCAUUCGGAGUUCAACUUGAAAACGAUCCUCGUGCAAGUAAAUUAAUUAACUAUGCUAACAAAAUAUUUAAUUCCGUACCCACAAUACAACUCAUUGUAGCUUUAAUACCAUCUUUUCAACCAUUCUUUCGAUUUUUUUUCCGAGAGCGACAAGAAUCGACUACUUAUAUAGCCAAUACUGUAAAGGGAAUUAUACGUGAGCGUCGCGAAUCCCUAAAGAACGGAACUCGUUGCAAUCGAGAUCUUCUUCAGUUAAUGAUCGAAGCUUCUGAAGAUGGCAAAAUGAGCGAUGAUGAGAUCGUCGGUCAAGCAUAUAUCUUCCUUAUUGCCGGUUAUGAAACCACUGCUAAUACAUUAACUUAUGCAACAUACUUAUUAGCAAAUCAUCCUGAAGUACAAGAUAAGUUAUAUAAAGAAAUUGAUAAAACAUAUCAAGACAAAGGUGUAAUCGAUUACGAAUCGGUGUCCGAGUUACAAUAUCUAGACAUGGUUCUUAGUGAAACACUACGCAUAUAUCCACCGGCCCAUGCAGUUAAUCGGGGUGUUAGCAAAGAUGUUACUAUUAACGGCGUUAAACUUCUAAAAUCAGUACCUGUUGGAAUUCCUAUUUACGGUAUUCAUCACGAUCCAGACUACUGGCCUAAUCCUGAGCAAUUUAGACCAGAACGAUUUACACCCGAAGAAAAACAAGCUCGUAAUCCAUCGUGUUAUAUGCCAUUCGGUAUGGGUCCUCGAAACUGUAUCGGGAUGAGAUUAGCUUUAAUUGAAGCAAAAUUAGCUUUAGCAAAGGUAGUAAAAGCUGUAGAAUUUAGUGCGAUAGAUAAAACAGAGAUUCCUUUGAAACUGAAAGCAGGCGUAACGCUAUCACCGGCUAACCCAGUAUAUGUCGGAAUUAAGAAGAGAUUAUAG